AUGUUCGUCGCGAGAUUUGCUGUCUUAGCAGGCACUGCCGUUGCCCUCACGGACAUCGAGCAUAAGCCAUUCAUGCGGAAAAAUAUCGAUCCAAUUGUCUCUCCAGGACGAUAUGUUUCUCACAUGCACUCAUUUUAUGGUUCCGAUAUCAUCACCAAAGACCUGCCAACCACGGCAGAACUGCAGAAAGGAUGUCCCUCUGGCGAGAACCCAAAUGAUCUAUCCAUUUAUUGGGCACCAACACUUUACUACGUAAAAGGAGAUACAUACACAGAAAUAUACCCAGCAACCUUCAAAACUUAUUACGAGAAUAUCGACCGAGCCGAGAUUCCUUUCCCUCCCAAUCUCAGCAUGGUGGCUGGUAAUGCCUCCGCAAAGUCACAAUCUGAUAUAAACGAGAAUAUCAGUGCCAUUACCUGGUGGUGCGAUGCUGGACCUGAAGAUCGAACCACCCGGCCUCGUGCCGCAUUUCCACGAGUGACUUGCACAGCACAUAUGCAAGCGAUCCUGAGAUUCCCAGAUUGCGUGAAUCCAAGUGAUGUGAAGAAGUAUGCGUAUGCGGCUGCUAAUGGUGGAAAGUGUCCGAGUGGGAUGAAGAGGAUGCCGAGCUUGCGAUUCAGUAUUAGAUAUGAUACCAAGAAGGCCAUACCAGGAGGCUGGACCGGUAUUCCGCCAUUCAAGUUGGCUUGUGGUGCGAUUGGCGAUGGUUAUUGCUUGCACGGUGAUUUCAUUAAUGGCUGGUACGAAGAUGCCGCUCUUAACAUGCUCAAGGCCAAGGGACAGACUUUUAUGCGUAUUGAUGGUGCGCAUGGAAAUGGAAAGCAGUACAGCACCUGUAAAGCCAAGGAUCGUGAUCCAUCCAAUGGAACGAGCGAUUAUCACAAGAGCGUUGAGAUGAUGGGUAUGAGUUAA